AGGUUAAAAUGAACUUGGAAAUUAUCGACGACAUAUUCUUUUUUUGCGAGGAAAAACUUUCUCAAAAAACCAUAGAAGACAUUCUUAAUGGGAAAUUUUCAAUGGCUCUUCUUAUCAAACGAAAUGGUGAUUUACCUGGAGAUAUUGGUGAUAUUGUACUUCAAAUUGUUUAUGGGAAUCUAAGGAAACCACCAGGCAGUCCAAAUUCACCUUGUGAUCAAUUGACAGUCAGAUUUAUUAAUGAUGAUAUUGAUGAAAAUACUGACGAAAUUAAGAAAGAAAAUAAUUUAGUAGGUAUUUGGGCACCAACUGAUAAAUUAACAACUGCUUUAGUUCUAAAACAUCUCUUUCCUAACCUUUCUGCGCCUUUCAAACUUCCAGAAUCAGAGCCUACACCAUUGUAUAUAGCAAUUGCUUUCGAUGCUUUUAAAACUAGAGAAGUUAUGGAGUUGUCGGACCUAUACCCUGGACAAGUGAUGAUGUAUGGAUUUUUCACAUCUGAUAAGCCUUUAGAAGCUACUUUGAUUUCCAAAACAGUUGAAGAAUUUGACGCGAGGACAACUCCGACCACAUAUUUUAGUGAGGAAAAAAUUGUAAUUCAACUUGCGAAAACAAUAGAAGAUUGCUUAAUCGCCUUCAUUGAACUGGGACCAACAUACAUGAGUUCCGACGUAGAACAAGGAGAAAUAGAUUGCAAAUACUUCUUUCCUGAUGGUUACAAUGUUCCUAAAGAGGUUAUACAAGAGGUUAAAAAGAAAUUCAAAAAGAAAGGAAGAGGUAAAGCAGCAGCUAUUAAUCAAGAAGAAACUACUUCCACAGCUACUAGCGACUUGGUAAAAGAACAAGAUGAAUUGGACCAUGAAGAAUUAGAGGAAAUCAAUAGUGAAGAUGAGAAAAAUGAAUGUGAAUUAUUGAAUGAAGAAGUAAUUUCUGGGGAACAUUCAGCAAGAGAUGCUGACAAGGCAACGUCUCCUUUAAGUGAUUAUAAGAUUGAAGAGUAGUAAGAUUAAUACUUAAAGUACACUAGUCCAAAACGUUAAAAUUUAGUUUGUCUUAGUAAGUUAUUUUAUCAAAAUAUAACACUUUUUUGUGUAUCUAUUUGAUGAGUAUUUCUGAAAGUGCAU